GGUAGGGCAGCUCGCUGCCACUAAUGCGGACAGGAUGGAGGUGUUACGUAUGUCGUUCCUGCCAAGUGACUCGCGGCUGCUGCUCCCAGCCGCAAGCACCAUUACAAAAGCGUCCGCUGUCACCUGCCUGGAUCCCAUCUUCAUUGUCUGAUUGUCACGCGCUGCGCCACGAAGCAGCCGAUUGUAAUAGCUAUCAACACUUUCCCUACUCCAGGCUCGACUCGAUCGAUUGUUCCACAAUCACCAUGGGCAGUGACAAAGGUUUCGUCGAGGCACACCACUCGCUCAUCGACCCUCUCAUUGAACCAGAUCCAAGUGACGAUACUGGCCUGAAUAACCAUUUUACCUCGACUUUUGCUCCUCGCCCGGGCCUCCACACCCCGCCGGACUCCGCCGGCUCUCAAGAAUUCCCAUCCGCGACCAUCCGCAACCACAACACUGGGAGCAGCGUCAACUCUAACCCCUUCGUCCGUUCGCAGAACACUGGAAAUUCCGUUGAGACCAAUCCCUACCGGCGCUCCCGAGCCUCUUCUGCGUCCCAGGGCCCAGCACCUCAUCAUGGAGAGACCACGCCUCGGAGGUCCUCCAAGUACGAAUACCCUUCGCCUCCAAACUCGGCCAGCCCUCGCCGUGAACACUUCAGCAGGGACCACCGCAGGGAAGCUUUUGGGUCCAUCAGCGAAGGACGUCCCAGGCGAUCUAGCCAGCCAACCGGCGUUAAUCCGAUGAAGGGCGGCGGUCUCACACGUGGUGGCUCUCUGCGUGAGCGGUACCCUGGCGAUCCAAGCACCAGGCCCUUGGAUACCAUCCGCAAGGAAACCAAGAACGCGCACCGCGCUCCUCACCUCAGGAAGAAGAACUUCACCGGCGCUGACAUCAUCGAUCGUCUCGAUAAGACGACGAUUGGAGGUGCCGCCUACCACCACGAAGGUCCAUACGAUGCGACCAACCUCUCGCGCAACCUAGACUUUAAGCACAGCCCUGUUGCAGCUGUGGCAGAGUCGAACGAGGAAGCGCUGAGGGCUACACCCAAAGAGAACAUUGUCGACUCGGUGCAAAAGCACCGCCCAUUGGAGGGCGUUGCCAUUGUCCCUCCAGGCGUGCCCGACCGCAUGGGCCGGACCUACGACUACAAGGAAGGCGCUGACCUUAUGCGGGAGCCUGGAGCCGACUACAAGCGCUGGGCCGGUGUAACUUACCACCCGGAUGAUCUCAAAGGCAAGGGCGAGCCUUCUUACUCCAUCGAAAAGGCGCUCAAGGACCACAAGGCGUACGGCGACACGGGCUCUGAAAUGCAGUCGCACCGUCGCAACGUGAGCAUGGGCUCCAACGGCAUCCCUGGUCACCUCCCCUCUGAGUCCCUCGACGCCGGCACUUCUAGCGGAAUCGGCCGCAGCAACACCACGGGGAAGAGCGUGGGCUCCGCUCUCAAGAAGCGCUUCGGCAGCAUGCGCCGCAAGAAGGUCGAGGCUUAGGAACUUCGCACCCCGCGCACGUCGCGCUUCAGAAGUAAGAGCAUUGCAUAUUUCCCGCACACAGACACGAGUCGCAAGGUUUACUGGAUUUGAGGUCCUGGGCAUGGGCGCACUGACGCCGAGUGUACGAAUAUAGGGAGCGGUCAACGACCACCGGGGCGGGUUUUUCCUUUGUUGAUGGAAUGGCAUUGUAGGAUAUUAAUGAACGCGGAUGAGUGGCAUAGAUUGGCAUAGACAUGGGCCGCUCAAGGAGC